AUGGUCGCAUUUAGGCUGUUUGGUGCUCUCAUCGGGCUCGCAGUUGAUGCCACUACAUUCAGCAGUGUCUUCGCCAACAGAAUUGAUGGUAUCGUGUUGCCUGCUUCGCUGGCAUUGUUGAAAGAUCCCACAUUUGGAGCAUUGGGGCUUUUGAGCUCCCUAUUUGUGGAGGAAUUGACCAUGGAGACGGAAGAGCUGGGUCGCCAACAUUUUGAGCAUGAGUCAGAUUGA